GUCAGGGCUCAAGUCCGGCGGAAGAUCACUGGCCCGUCAUGCUCCUCCCGAGUCUCCGCGUGUGUCUGAUGGCCAUCUGCUAUGCGCUCUGGCCAGUGGCGGUCCGAGCGGCUUCGUGCGAGCCGGUGCGGAUCCCUCUGUGUCGGUCCAUGCCGUGGAAUAUGACGAAGAUGCCCAACCACCUCCACCACAGCACGCAGGACAACGCGGUGCUGGCCAUCGAGCAGUUCGAGGGGCUGCUGGGUACCAGCUGCAGCCCAGAUCUACUCUUCUUCCUGUGUGCCAUGUAUGCGCCGAUCUGCACCAUUGACUUCCAACAUGAGCCCAUCAAGCCCUGCAAAGCAGUGUGUGAGCGGGCCAAGUCGGGAUGUGAGCCUGUUAUGAAGCAUUACAACCACAACUGGCCCGACAGUCUAUCCUGCAGUGAGCUGCCAUUGUACGACCGUGGUGUCUGCAUCUCCCCGGAGGCCAUUGUCAAAGCAGAGGGACCAGACUCAUACCAUCAAGACCCUGGCCGCUGUAAUCCAGAAUUAAAUCCAGACUUCCCCAUGGAUUCUAAUAACCAUCACUGCAAAGGGACCAAUGCAGAAAGCUGUAAAUGCAAGACAGUGAAAAUGGCAUUGAGGACAUAUCUGAAGAACAACUACAACUAUGUGAUCCGUGCCAGAGUGAGGGAAGUGAGGAAUCGUGGUCUGGAGCCGACUGCGGUGGUAGAGGUGAAGGAGGUGCUUAAGUCCUCUCUAGUCAACAUACCCAAGGAGUUACAGACUCUCUACUACUCAUCCUCUUGCCUCUGUCCCCCCGUGUCUCCUGGGAAGGAGUAUCUGAUCAUGGGCUAUGAAAAUGAGGAGACAUCCAGGUUGCUCCUGAUCGAUGGCUCCAUCGCGCAGAGGUGGAAAGAAAAGAUGGGCAGGAAGGUGAAGAGGUGGGACCAAAUCCUGCAGGACCGAGGACGCACAGCACAACGCCGCAGUCGCCAAUGAGAUGAUAUGAGUGUGUCUUUGUGUGUGAGUGUGUGUCCUUUUAUGUUUCGUUUUUGCACUAUCUUGAGCUCUUGUAGCUGAAUGUAGUUCAUCUUUUGAUUUUUUUUGACUUGCAAGAAUCUAAUUUGUCCUUUAAGAUCUUUGCACAAGAAAACAAGGUCUGUUCAUGUGAGACUGUGUGCGUUAAAAACACAUACAUUGUAGAAUAAGAGUGUGAAGCUCAGGGCGGUACAUUCUCCGGUUGUGCUGUUUUGAGCUGGACAUUGGUUCCUUUGACCAAGAGGGUGUGUUAAAGGACAUUUAAAAAAUGUUUUUAUUAGCAGUGGGACUCAUCCACCUGUCCACAAGUAUACUGGUGUUAUGUUGCUGCCCAUUGAACAAGGAGCUUCCUGCCUUUCUAAUACACUGAGGCUCUGUUUCGCUGAUAUCAGUGAUGCUGUUGCCUGGAAAGUGAUUCCAAGUGACUUGAUGUGCCUUGCAACAUGUACUUUCUUCUUGUUACAAACCAGCUUGAUUUAAAAAAAAAAAAAACAUUAAAGAGAUU